UGUAAAAAAAAAAGAGAGAGGCACAGCUAGGUUGCCAUAAAGGUGUUGCAUUGGUAUACAUCAGAAACAAAUAUUAAUGUGGCCAGGGACAAGAACUUAAGUAUUGUUGAGCACAGUCACAUAAAUUGCAGCAUGUCAAGGAGCAGCAGAGACUCGGUCUUUUUGUUCAUGACGAGGGAGUGGGCUGCAAUGUGCUUAAGCGCAUUGCAGGCCACUUCAUGUGAAUAAGUUGGGAAAGUUUCAGAAAACCUAGGUGUGAUGUUAAUGGUGUGUUGGAAUGCAUACUGAACAAAUAAUUUCAGACUGGAAAUACUUGUAAUCUGCUUGAAUAAGCAAAGGCUUGGGAAAGUUCGAGCUUCUGAUUAUACGUCUUUUACAUCCUUGAAUAUAAAACUGUCUAUGAACUGUGACGCACAUCCACUAUGGGGAAUUUCAAUAUGGUUCCAAGACUUCCCUCUUUUCCUUUCACUGGUCCCCUCACAUAGGUUUCAUGCCACCUCACCUAAAGAUAAACUAGCACUAUCUCUCUACAGGACAAGUUUGCAUAGUUGGCCAGUCACUGGUCUAGUUUCAGUUUAUUUGCUUCCAGGUAAAACAUAGAUGCUUACAUAUGCAUACAGGGGGAUUUCAAUAGUUCUUGCAUGAAUUGCAGUUGGAAGCCAAUGUAUGACUUUCAUUUAUUAUUCUUAUGACUUGUUAAAGCUGAGUAGUAGUAGCCCAAUGCAGAAAGCUGACAGUUUUCUUCAAGAUGGGUUGUUCAUAGAUGCUAAUGCAUACUCUUGCAAGUUACUCGGUAACAGUUGUCAAAUAGGGUGUUUUUUGCAAGGCUGAUAGUUGCUUUUCUUAGCAUACACCCAGUAUUGAUUAGCAGGAUUAUUCAUGAAUUAUGUCCUGAUAUCAACAUGCAACCAAUAGUUAUACUUAAUUUACCACAAAUCUUUGUGGCAUCCAUGGGCUGAUGCAUUAGUGCUCCACACAUAGUCAUUUUAUCUUGAAGUAUAUGGCUACAGCAAAUAUUAAUAUACUGGAGAUACAUAACUUGAAGGUUACAGCAUCUGAACCUCUUUUGCUGAUUUAGGUGGGUUCCAUCCAACACCAGGAAAACACUUGUUGCAGAACUAGAAUGAAAGGGCUUCGCGAAUAUAGCUUUACUGCACUGCGGCAAACGUAGAGCUAUAAUUGAUGUCAAGGAAACCGUGAUCGUUAUCCGCGCCAAAGAAUGAUGCCGAAGGACACUGGGCGACAUUGAGACUCCUCAUAACAUUAAGGAAUUAUACAACAUUUAAAAUAACGCUAGUGAGAACACAGCGAGCACUUUAGUGCUUAGCUCACACUUGCAAAAGAAAGCACGUUUAGGUACUGAGCACGACCUUUCAACAAUCUGUGCACAAACGCCGGUAAGGUUUGCAGGCACGUGAGGCUUGCCACGCUGUUACCAUCUCUUUAAAACUUGCACAAAGCAAGAGUCCACACUUCGCAGCUUUUUAGUUCGAAAGCAGUCCGGCAACGCGAUGUCCCGAUGCGGUGCGGUCAACCGUAACUUGCGCACCAUCCUGCAACCUUUUUUUUUUUGCUUUUUUUUUUCUUUCGUUUAGGCACUGCCCCGGCGACGACGCUCGCUGUGACCACCACCCAACUCUUAGCGCCAUUCCGUUCUCUUGUUCGCUGUAGCAGCGGACCGCUGUGUUCGGUUAUUUGGCCAGAGAAUUUGUUGAGUUUGAAGCCUGUUGAAGCCGCUCGAAGAAAUAGCGGAGAUAAGUGAAAAGGAAGCGGACAUGGGGUUGUGAAGGGGGGAGGUUGUUCUGUGGGGAGGUGCUGCUGUGUUCUCGCUAAAUCUCGCCGGCAGCGACAUUCCAGCGCCACUGCGCGGGGAGCUGAAAUUCUGUCUUUCACCUCUUGUAAUUUAUAAACUUAUCGAUUGGAGAGAUUUUUCCAUUGGUGAGUGAAUACGUGUUGUUCGUUAUUCACAAGUAAACCGCGCGUGCACCAAGAGCUCUUACAACGAGUGCCCCCAGUUGUGCUUCGCGCGCUCCAAGACGGUCAAGUGGAAGCUGUCACCCUUCAUACUGUUAGGUGUUGUGAUGAAUGAGAACAUGCUUUCGGACUGCGAUGUUCCGCAGCAAAACGAUGGUCUGCCCAGUAAGCGUGGACGCAUCGGUCGUAGAGACUGGCUGUGGGGCCACGUUGCUUGAAAUGCUUGCAAGCAGAGUAAGCGGAGUGCUGCAGUGCGAGAUGGACUUGCGCCGCGAGGGUCGUGCUCCAUUGUAGCAACAGCGUCCGAGUGGCCGCGCGCGCGCGCGCUCCCGCGCCCGCCUGUGCUGGCCGCCGUCAUGAUGGCUUGCCCGAAAGUGAUCCUGGCCAAAAGUACUGCAGCCGUCGGGGGUCUGCCCGCAGGCGGCCCACUGGGGCAGCCGGCGGCUAUGGCCUUGCACACGUCUGCUUUCUGUCCCAUCAACAACGUCGACUUGAAUAGAGUGGUCGCGCCGCCGCUGGCCAACUACACCAUGUCCUAUGUGCAGCCUGCUCUGUUCAGCAGUACUUCGAGCUAUCCAAGCAAGUACGACGUGUUCCAAGUCCCAGGAGGCACACUCGUGGUCCCACGAAGUGCAGAUCUCACGAGUUACCUGGCACCGCCGCCUCCACCACAGCAGCUCUUCUACUCGCCGCUGUCCUUGCAACCACAACCCUCGCACUAUGCAUUCUUGAGCAACACGGCUGUGCAGGCGCCGCCGUUGGUGCCCUUCAGCUUGCAGCCGCCCGAACAACCAACAUUCCCAUCGUUUGUGAACAACGCUUUUGUGUCUAAUACGAACUACGUAAGUCCUCCGGAGCCGCUCCCAUCAUACGGUUCGGCGCCUUCUAGCGACCUCUUCCUUACGAGUGGAACUCAGUUUCUACAGCAGCCAGAGCUAUUUCCUAAAGUCUACCCAGUGCUGGAAACCAAGCAGGAACCACCUGAGCCAGUCAGCUAUGCAGCACCACCAACAACGCCUUUUGAGAGCUUCCAUGGGGAUACCAGCACAAGCCCGGUGCCAUUCUCGACCAGUGGACCAUACACUAGCCCAAAGUCACUGCCGUUCCCCAAGACAGGCCUUCCCGCACCUCGACCUAUCUUGGCACGUGCUAAGGAGGCCGCCACCCCGGUAGCGCCAGUGCCAUCGUUACCAGCAACAGGGUUACUGUCGCCGCCGAGGCCCCUGCAAAGAACGUUUGAACCCGAUGCAAGGUUUUCGUUGAGUACUCUAAGGGCAGAGCCUGAACUACCGCUCUGCCAUGGUGAGGAGACGCGACUGUGUUUCGGUUCCCCACCGUUGUCUGCUUCCUCUCUGUCCAGCUUGGACAACACUAGCACUGCGGACACUGCCCGGGUCACACUCACCGACUCGUCCAGCACCAUUGAGUUUCCCCCUGUGGAAGUUAGUUUGCCCGAAGAUUCUUUGCGCCCCUCCCUUCCCACAACACCCGUCCCAGUGUCAAUACUUACCACACCACCACCGUCAACAGCACCACAAGACCUUGCGGUGGACAAAGUGCAUGAUGUGUAUGCCUUUGAAGUUAAUUCAGAUGAAGAAAGUGGAGUACCAAAGUUCAAGUUUCAAAAGAGACAUGAGGUGGCCAAGUACUGUUAUGCCGGCAGUGCUCGCACACAGCCUUUCAGACGCCGCGGCAGUUAUGAUCUGUUUGACUUUUUGGCAUCAGUGCAUCGCAAGGCGCCAACACCAGAGCUUCACUGCAAGGAUGAAGAAACCGAUGAGUGUAUCCAGAGACGUCGAAGCAUACAGGAUAAGGAACUAGCUACAAUAAUCAGCUUCCACUGCCUUAAAGACAGUGCCAAGGCCACAGUGGGUGUUUACCGUUCAUUGAUCCAUGGACGAGGGCUUUACUCCAAACGGGACAUUGACGCUGGAGAAAUGGUGAUUGAAUAUGCAGGACAGGUAAUCAGGUCAGUAUUGACAGACAAACGAGAACGUCUGUAUGAGAGCAGAGGCAUCGGCUGUUAUAUGUUUCGCAUUGAUGAGGACCAAGUAGUGGAUGCCACAACCCAUGGCAAUGCUGCCCGUUUCAUUAAUCACUCCUGUGACCCCAACUGUUACUCCAAAGUGAUUUCAGUGUUUGGUCAGAAGCACAUCAUCAUAUAUGCACUACGAAAAAUUCACAAGGGUGAGGAACUGACUUAUGACUACAAAUUUCCAAAGGAAGACGUGAAGAUUCCCUGUUCAUGUGGUGCCCGCCGUUGCCGCAAGUUCCUCAACUGACCAAGGUGCCUUCUCCUAUGUGCCCGUGUGACCAUUCCUCUUGUAUAUAUCGCUUCCAUGUCAGUAAAACUUCUUCAAAUAUGGUUA